AGUUUCCUGGGCUUUUGUGCCGUUCUGUAUGAACUGGAAGGGUUCACAGGACCCUUGUGUACAUGUUUGGUGUCUCCGUGGACAAGAGAAAGGGAGAUCUACAGUUUGUCUGGGUCCUUGCUCAGGUUCAGUGGGGCUACACAAGAAAGAAGGCCACAGCCUGGGGAGCUCCUGGUCAAAAAGAAGACACAAUUCCAGCACCAGGAACCCUUCAGGAACUUUUGGGGGGCUCCGGCCUAGAGCUCCUAGGAAGGCUUCACAGUGGGUACCACCCAGGCAGGGCCAGCAGGCCUGAAAGCUUCCUCUCCACAAGGCUGUCAUCCUACCCACAAGGAAAUGAAGAGUGACUGGGCGCCAAUCAGAAUGAAGCCUGGCCCUGCGUCCUGAGCCAGACUCAAGCAGGGGUCUGUCAUGGCAGCCUGGCAGUCAUGAGAUCCAUGCCUCACCCGGGGUUCCUCAGCUCGCCUCGGCUCCUUCAGAUUCUUUCAGUUUCUCGGUGGCUCCAGGAACAGAACUAAGAAAGGUUGGAAACAAAACAGCUAGACACAAAGAAAAGCAGAAGUGGGUGUCUCAGAGACUGGCUGUCCCCCCAGCGGGGCUGAGCUGUGGAACGUCCAGCCGUGGCCUGUCUGCCGGUGACCUAUGUGUGGGAGAAAUGACCCAACUGCCCUCAGCUCUAUGGCUGCCCACGCUGCUGCUGCUUUUCUGGCUUCCAGGCUGUGUCCCUCUGCAUGGCCCCAGCUCUGUGACAGGAACUGUGGGGGAAUCACUGAGCGUGUCCUGUCAGUAUGAGGAGAAAUUCAAGACUAACAUCAAAUACUGGUGCAAAGUAUUAUUUUUGCUACGAUGUAAAGAUAUUGUCAAGACCAGAGGCUCAGAAGAAGCCAGGAAUGGCCAAGUGUCCAUCAGGGACAAUCCAGACAACCUCACCUUCACAGUGACCUUGGAGAGCCUCACCCUGGGGGAUGCAGGCACCUACAUGUGUAGGGUGGAUAUACCAUUUUUGGAUGACUCCUUCAACAUUGAUGACUCCUUGGGGAUCGAUAAGUACUUCGAGAUUAAGUUGUCUGUGGUCCCAAGUGAUGACCCAAGACCAACACUAGAGACACCUGUCGUGUCCACCAGCCUGCCUACCAAGGGUCCCACCCAAGGACUCACCACAGAGGGCCACCAUGAGCAUCGUGAGCCCCAGGGCUUGGGGCUCCCAGUGCUGCUGUCCGUGUUAGCUCUCCUGCUGUUGCUGUUGGUGGGGACCUCUCUGCUGGCCUGGAGGAUGUUCCAGAAGCGGCUGGGCAAAGCUGAUAAACAUCCAGACCUGUCCCAGAACAUCAGACAGGCUGCUGAGCAGAGUGAGACCCAGUAUGUGAAUUUGCAGCUACGCACGUGGUCACUGAGGGAAGAGCCGGUGCUACCAAGUCAAGUAGAGGUGGAAUAUAGCACACUGGCAUUACCCCAGGAAGAGGUUCACUAUACAUCCGUGGCAUUCGACCCCCAGAGGCAGGAUUCUCAGGCCAAUGAGGAUGCCCGUCGUCAACCUCAGGACCCAAAAGCAGUGUACAGUGAGAUCCGGAAGCCCAGAAAAGAUCUCUCUGACCCUCACCUGUGACUCCUUGUCAUCUGAUCCCUUCAAUGGUGACUACCAGGUUCCCAAGCUCCCUGCUGGCUGCUGCCCUCAAUGUCACAAGCCUCACUGGCUUCACUAAAGAUGGGCAGGAGCUAGGACUCUGUGGGCACAUCCCACUGGCUCUCUCCUCUUAGCCUACAUUUUGUUCUGCCUCUGGGUAUGGAAGAUGUAGAUGCUGCUCCUUUGGGGCUCUGGGGAGUGACAUUGUUUAUACAGAACAGUACUUGUGUUAGCUUUGCAGUGUCAGUCCAGGAAGAACAUCUGUGGUCACUGGGAAAGUAGAGAACCAGCGAGGACCAAUGAGACUACAAAGGAAGGGGAGUCAUGGAGGCACUAAACAUCAACUACCUGUCAUGGAGGCACUAAACAUCAACUACCUGUCUCACAGAGAUAAGCUCUAAGGACAGGAACCUGGUCCACAGCACCAAGGUCAGGGGCAAAUUCCUCUGGACUCAUUUUUAUUUUUUUGUUUUUCGAGACAGGGUCUCUCUGUGUAGCUUUGGCUGUCCUAGAACUCAUUCUGUAAACCAGAAUGGCCUUGAACUCACAAAGCUCUGCCUAUGUCUGCCUCUUUGAGUGCUGGGACUAAAGGCAUGCCUGGCUUCUCUAGACUCUUAAGUAAAAGCUGAAAUGAAGUUUAUAAUGUCUUUUUAAAGGGACAAGAAAUGGUUUAAAUAGUAUCCGUUACAUGCCUGUAGCCCCUUAUUAAAGUUCAGCUUUGAAAUCA